AUAGUUCGGUAGCAAACAACCUGGUUAGCGGCAGCUAUCAGCCAAAGCCCGGCGGGGCGGAGCCGCUUGGGUCGGGCUCUGUUGGCUGCGCCCGCCUUCGUGAGACAGCGGACCAGGGCUCCGGGCCGGGCGCGGGAGCGGCUGCCUGCACCCUGUCAGCAGGGCCCCAGCCCCGGCCCCCGACCCUGGCCGUGAGCCCGCCGGGGAGAGCUCAGAUGUAGGCGUGGGGCGGCCCGGGGGGCGCGGCGAUGGGCAGAAGGCGCGGGGGGGACACUGGGGAAAUCGCGGCUCCCGCUGGGGAUGGCGAGAGGCGCCGCCGCCCGCCCGCGCCCCUCAGGCGGCGCAGGGCCGUGCCGGGCCGUGCCGUGCCGGCCCACGCUGGACCGCGGCGCCGCCUAUGGGGCGGCGGGCGCUGCUACAAGAGGGGCGAGCGGUGCGGAGCGGCCUGGCAGGGCAGGCGGCCGGGCCGGGCGCCAUGGCGGAGGGGCGGAGCGACGCGCGGAGGGUGCUGGAGCUGAAGGAGCGGCUGGGCAGCGGGCAGGAGCCCGCGGAGAUUAUAAAAACACUUAAGGUACUACAGGAUUUGGAUAUGUCACUGGAUAUUCUAGUGGAAACUGGCAUAGGCAAAACAGUUAAUGGCUUUAGGAAACAUGCCACUGCUGGGAAUGCAGCUAAAACCCUGGUAAAACAAUGGAAAAAACUUACUCAUCCAGAAAGUAAGAGUAGUCACAGAGGAAGAAAGCAAAAUUUUGAAAAAGAAAAAGAUGAGACAAAAUCUUCCAUUUCCAAGAUGAAGCCUUCGGAGAAGUCCAAAGCAUCUGUACUGGCCUCCAGAAGUUCUGGUAGCACUCCUGCUUCUAAAAAGUUGAAUAAGUGGCAUACUUGCGAAAAGGCCCACCAAAGUAGAGAUUCUGAGUCUCAAAAAGAAUGUGACAAUAAAGAAUGUAGCAGCAGUGGUUCUCAGCGUGCUUCCCAGGGUACCAAUCCUCAAGCUAAAGAAAGUGAAUUCAAAGAGAGAACCUCUGUGGACAGCAAGAAAGUUUCAGAAGAGCAGUGUUCCUCUGUAGCUAAUAAAGACUUAUCAUCCCUGAAGGAAAAGCCUAGUAAGGAUACUUCCAAGCAGAGAAGUCCUAAGCAUGUGAAGAAACCAAAACAAAAACUUGUCAUAAAAAGCAAAGCCAAAUUACCUAGUGAUGAGGAAUUUGAGCCCCCGGCUAUGUCUUUUGAAUCUUAUCUUAACUAUGAUCAGGUUCCCAAAAAAAGAAAGAGGAAGGCCAGUUCUACAGGUGAACGGCCAAAGAAAUGCAGUGAACAGAAGAACAACUUACUACCACAAAAGACUUCAAAAUUUUCUCAUGCAAAAGGAGGAGAGGAAGAUGUAAAAAGCCAUGAGGGUGAUCGAUCAGAAACUCCCAAUAAAAAGGCCAAGGUUGCAUCCCUCCAAGAUCUCCUUAAUACUCCAUUGCCUAAAUUUCUGACGGGCAUCUCGGUCUCAUCUGCCUCAUAUGCUGCAGACUUUGAAGCUUCCCUAGCACCUGUUGUAGAAGCACCCCAGCAAGUCAGAGAGACAGUUCAAUUCACAGGGCGGAGACUGAACUCUAAAAUGCAAGUUUACUCUGGCUCUAAAACAGUCUGUCUUUCGAAGAUGCUUACACUGUAUGAACAGUGCAUCCGUGUGCUUCAAAAUAAUAUUGAUUCGCUACAUGAAGUAGGAGGUGUGCCAUUUGAAAUUCUUGAGCCUGUGCUAACACGUUGCACACCAGAGCAGUUGUUACGAAUAGAGGAAUGUAAUCCGACAUUUACGGAAGAGUCUGACCACUUGUGGAAGAAACACUGCCAGAGAGAUUUUAAAAAGGAGAGCCUCCUGGAAUAUGAGUCUUGGCGUGAAAUGUACUUGAGACUAUUUAAUCAAAGAGAGGAAAAACUGAAGAUGCUUACAAAAAAUAUUCUUUCAGCUCAGUCAGAGAAACCAAAAGGCAGGCAAGCAAAAAUGGCUUACGUGACCAGUGCAGCAAAACCACCCAGGAACAUUCGCCGACAGCAAGCCAUCCAUGGGACAGCAGGACCUGUCACUCAACCUCAUUCAAUAGAGAAGUACAAAAGAAAGAUUCCAGAAAGCAGAGACAGAAAUAACUCAUCGAAUCCGAUCCCUGCUAGCAACAGUGGAAGCUCUAAAUCAAGCAUAAUGACUCAAGAUGGAAAGAAGCCUAUCAAAAAAAUUGCACCAAUCAUGAGGAAAACUUUGAAAGCACUGAAGAUCAGAGCUGGACGACGAUAAAAUGAGGCUGCAUAUUCGAAGCUUACGUGACUAUUUGUGUAUCAUGCUACAGCUAAUGAAAGUAAUGUUAAUGUAAACUUUCUUCAGUUUGCCUUGGUUAUGAAACACUGCAUGGAUGAAUUACUUGCAAUAAAAAUUGAAACAUCUGA